AGUUCGAACCUCGAGGACUGCUCGUGGGAUGCAGUUCAGUACUUACGUCACAUUUAUAGUUGUACGUACCCUGGGCCACGACUGCCAGUCACUGCAGUCUAGUGAUCGUAUACCGGCUGUCAAAGAUCACCAGGCUGCUCCCAGGGCUCGCCUUUCCUCGUACAAACGUGUUCAAACCUUUGACCAUUCAAGAUGUCCUUAAAGCAAGGCCGAAGAAAUCGUUCCUGGGCCAGCCGUUUACUAGCCGCGCUCUUUCGUCCAUUCAUGCCAGAGGAGGCUCCUCCAGAACUCCCCCUCCUAUUCUUCAACAGAACUGAUGCACCUACUAGUACGGCGGUCACCAAUUGGUACUCGGGGAUGGUCAAUAUUGAUAAUCCCGAUAAUCGCUACCUCACGUGUUUGCUUAGUCGCAUUGACUACUGCAAGUGCAAGGAUGACCCCGGGCACGAAUUCCUUGUAUUCUAUUUCAGACAUUGGAUCUCAGGCUCUUUAGCAGAGGCUGCUGUAUGUAUCGACCGCACUGUGGUACUAGACAAUGGGUCUAGUCAAUCAUUGGAAAUCAUCUCUCCCUCUCCCUCAUCGAAAGCCAAUGCAGCUAUCGACCACGCACAUCUUCUCGGUCCACCUGACGAUGCAGUCAGACAUCUCCACUCUCAACAUGGGCGCUACAGGACACUCUGUACGCUCACGUUUUCUUCACCUUCCGCACCUUCAGCGCUCCACGUAGCUGCUAUUUUAUCCCUCGUCCACCACCAAGCUCCUUCUUACCAGUUGUACGAGAGACAAUGCUACUGGUAUGCUGAUUCCGUGUGGAUCAGCCUGAAGAAGAUUUUUGUUCCGAAUCAGGAAUCGUGCAAUGAUCAUAGCGCACGCUCUCGCUACUGUGGAAUCACAUUAGGACCGUCACCUGCCACUGUCCAGGCUGUUUGCGCGGCUUUUCCGCCAGAGUGGCAGAGGACAAUGGGUAAGCUCACGCAGACAAGACAGCGCCACGAAGCAAACCUAGCACAGAGUCGACAAGAAGGGUUCGCAGAAGCAGAGCAAGCUGCGGAUGAACGGGUUCGCCGAGCACAGCAAGUCGCAGAUGAACAGCAGCAAGUCGCACAUGAAUGGAGGCGAGUCGCAGAUGAACAGCGGCGAGUUGCGGAUGAACAGCGGCGAGUUGCGGAUGAACAGCGGGCCGAAACUGAACAACUUCGCGCAAAGCUUGCAGCUUUGGAGGGCAAAACAACUGCUAUUUGAUUCAGAAUGCCUUGCACGGCCUUGUCUGCAUUACUUCAUGUUCCUUCAUUUUUCGGUUUCAUUUACAUAGAUCAUGGUCUCGCUUUGUAGUUCGCGCUCAGUAAAGUGACCCGGUUCCGCAAGAUACUAAUAUAGACUCUAAUCAUAUUGACAUGGGCAGCAUUUAACU